AUGCCAUCCACAGGAGUCAGUAAGGAAUUAGUGCACUUCUCGCAGGAUUUUCUCUACUUCCCUCUUCCCCUCACGGAUGUGACGAUUGAGAAUAUUGUCCAGCUGCGGAGUUUACUCCCACGUACAGGGAAUAAUGGAGAGAAUGUCAUUGCGUUUAAAGUACUCUGCAGUGUACGCAAUCGAUAUAGUGUACGUCCAUCUACUGGAUUUAUUCUCCCAGGCGAAAGUGUCAAUAUUAAAUUUCUCUUGGAUGCCCAACAACUUCGACGGAAUGCCGCGAAUAACAAAGAUGGCAGUGCGGCGAAUGCCUUACCUGAUGUAAAUACACACGAUGAUAUUGUGGUGGACCUCGUGGUGGUGCCAAGAGAUCAGGCCAUUAUGUACCUCCAGCGCCAACAGAAUAAUAAUAAUAAUAAUUCAAAGGGAAACACAAAGGAAAGUAAUAAUAAGGCGAAUAAUAAUAAUAAUAAUAACAGUAAUAACAAUAAUGUCAGCAACAGCAACAACAGCCAUAGUUACAUGAACAGCAACAAUACACCAGUGUGUGUGGAGGAGGCCGCCACCUUCUGGAAGGAACGUGGACAAGUCCGUGCAGAUGAUAUCCAAGCCACUCGCCGAAAACUACGUUGUGUAUAUGGAGAGAAGAAUGUGCCGGAUUCCCUCGUAAUGCGGUUUAGCACAGAGAAGUUGGUAAGUUCAGAAGAGACCCCCGUUAUCAACACACCGCGGAGGAGCAGCAACAAUCACAACAAUCACAACAACGUCAAUAUUGACUCUCUCCUACUUCCACCCACAGUUCCCCGCACACGUCCACACACCAAUCACAUGGAUCUACACAGACGAACGGCACCAUCCGCCCCGCCGCGGUCCUCCCCCUCAGCGUCUCUCUCCAAUCGCGAGAAAACACCCAGCUCGGUGGGACCCUCCUCGCCAUCAAAGAGUGUGGGAAUGAAUAAUUCUCAAGCCGCUGCAGUGGGAAGAACUGCAGGGUCGCCAUUUGCGCCACGCAUGGAUGGUGGGAGUAACAAUUAUAAUACUAUUACUAAUACUAAUACUACGACGACUACGACGACUGCUAGUAAUAAUAAUAAUUUGUUUAUGUCAAUUGGGAGUGGAAAGGAAGAUAAGGAGGAUUCGUUUUGGCAUAAGUAUUUGUAUUACAAAAUACCGUACCCUAUGCUGGGAGUUCUACUGGUCCUCUCGUUCCUGUGUGCAUUGUUUGAGCGUGGAACACUAUUGAGUUGGCUCUUGAUUGGGCAAUAG